AUGACUCAAAAGAGAAGAAAUUGCGGACGUAACAAGCACGGCCGUGGCCACGUCAAGUUUGUUCGCUGCGUCAAUUGCAGCCGCGCUGUCCCCAAGGACAAGGCCAUCAAGCGCUGGACGAUCCGUAACAUGGUUGAAACUGCUGCCAUUCGUGACAUGUCCGAGGCUUCUGUAUACAGCGAGUACACCAUCCCCAAGUUGUACGUCAAGUUGCAAUACUGUGUCUCUUGCGCUAUUCACUCUCGUGUGGUUCGUGUCCGCUCUCGCGAUGGCCGUCGUAUUCGCACUCCCCCUCCUCGUGUGCGCUACAACCGUGAUGGCAAGAAGCUUAACCCAGCUACCGUCGCUAAAAACUUGUAG